CYCAUUUAAAAUACUUGUGCCAGUAAGCAAAMACAACGUACGGUCAAAAGCUCUCUUCAAACUWACACUAUUUACAACAGACCAUUUCGACCAUGACGGCUAAGAACAAGCGAAGGAAUGCUGCCUCCAGAAUGGAGAAGCGAGCUGAGCGCGAAGAGAAGAUGAAGGAUAUUCCAGUCUAUGACGGCGAGAACAAAUACAGCGACGAAGAACCCCCAACACUCGAGUCCACGUACAAGCCCUUCACAACAGCUCAGCUUGGCGCCCUGGUMUUUCUCAUGGCCGGAGUAUCCAAGAUCUACGAGCUCAGUGUGGCCUUGCAGGAAGACAAGCUCGAAGCCCCGAGUUGCAUGAUCUACCUCAACAACGAUGAGACGACGUGCCAACACCCCCACUUUCAGAGUUUGGUGCAAGCCAAGUACUACUCGGCGAUCAGCUUGACAGGACUCGUUGCGAUCUAUGUCUUGCAGCUGUGGCAAUCGGAAUACUAUUUCAUGAAAUUCAUGAAUUGCUUGUGUAUCAGCCCUCUUUUUACUACUUUCUUGGCUAUGGUUGCCCUACCCUUCACUGUUCAAUCAGCAACAGAAGAAGGGGUCUUAUCCAASAAGAAAAUGUGGGAACUGUGCACCGUGCUGACUAUUCUGUACGGUACGGUAGCGCCCAAGUCAACAGACCAUCUCCCCUUCUUUACUGGCAAGAAGGAAACUGAAUCUGUAGAUCUUGUUUCACCUCAGAGUUUCGGUCUCUGGUGCUUGCUCGGAGCUAGUCUCUGGGAUAUAGCUCGCGUGUUUUACACUGCAUAUUCUAGCAACGUCGGUGUGCAAAAUGCGWUGCUUGACACACCCGUUCCAUUCCCAGAACCUGCUAAGGUCUUGGUCUACUUCUGGAUGGUCGAUAAGAUUGCUAUGGUUCUUUUGUAUGCUUUUGCUAUUGUCCACCUUCCUAAUUUCAAGCAACGUGCYAUUUUGCUGGCAUCACURGGUAUUAAGCUUUGUGAAUACUAUGYGCAGAUUCCCAGCAUGGACGACUCGUGGCAGAAUCAAGAUACCCUUGUCCCCAUGACGAUGGGACUGGCGAUCCUGAGUGGCGUAGGRUGGUUCUUUUAAUCACGCUUUGCCCUCGAUUUCUCUGGCCGAAAAGCAAUUCAGUACKAUAGACUGGAAGUAGAAAAAUAGCAUUGUUUWAUUUU